GCAAUAUACGAUCACGCCCCCAACUGAAAAAUAUUUGUUUGUAAACAAGUUAAUUUUUCGGUAACUUUGACAGCUGAGAACUUGUGUUAUUCCUCUAUUAAACCUUUUUUUGAAUAAUAUUUAUUUAUAAUAAUCAAACGUCAUAAAUCAUGCUUUUACUUCUAGAUGAUAUUCAUAAAAAGCACUUGGAGCUUUUAAAAAAUAUAGAUGAAAAAAUUGUUCGAGAAUUUUGUCGUAUAUCAGUGGAGCAUCUACGAAAUAACAUCAACCCAAAAAUUUAUCAAAGUGCUGCCCAGCGGCUUAACAUUGAUGUCGAUCUUGUCCAAAAUGCUAUAAUUGGAGUUGUUCAGCUACUUAUUGAAGCUUCAAAAAAUAUGGUGGAUGAAAUUGAGUUUAGAGAUUCUAUAUUAGUGUUAGGUUUUAGCUCUGAAAUCCAAGAAGAACUCACUAAAUGUUACCUGGAGAACAAUGAAAGUAUACGGUCACAUCUUUAUGGUUUGGACUUUGGGAUCCCCCAAUAUCAUGACCUAGAAUGGCGACUAGACAUACAGAUUGCAAGUAGGAGUUUAAGGCGACCUGUCGAACCUACAUUGCUGUUAGGGUUGCAGCUUAAGAAAGAUGGUAAAAUUACGAACACCGUCUUAGAAUCUGAUUCAUCUAACAUAAUUCAUUUGACUGAAGAACUUGAUAAAGCUCUCCAAGAGGUGAAGUCGCAUCAUUCACGGCGCAUUAUGAGAAGCAUAAAAUGAUUUUUUUUUAUUUGUAAGGAAAUUUGUUAUUUAAUUUUGUAAACAUUUUAUUCAUGUUAUUAAUAUUUCUACCUGCAUCAUAAUUAAAAACUGACAAUAUAAAUAAAAAAUUGAAGAUA